AAGUCCAAAAAUUCAUCAAAGUAUAUAAAAUAGAGUGACAUUUGUGUUCAUUCAAGAACCUUCUUUUCCCCAUUUCUUCAUCCCCAAAUCCUAAUACAUUUUUUCCCAAUUACAUGGAUGGUGAAUCUUGAUUUUCUGUGAAGGAUAACUUCACCUUGUUGUUUAUAUAAGCUUUUUAGCCGGUUGUUAAUUGAAGGAGAGUUAUUGAGAAUAAAAAAAAAAGUAGCUGGUAUAAGAUAGCUGCAAACACCAAGGUCCUUUUCCGGGAAAAGCAGAUGCAAAGCAGGCAGAAGGGAUGAUAGAAGUAGAGUUAGGCUCAGAAAAACACAAGGAAGAAGAAAGCCAAAAAAUAAAGCGAGACAAAAUGACGAACACACCCAAGUCAAGCAGCAAAAAAUCUGAUUCUGGACCUUCGUCGAGCAAAUCACCAGAAAAGCACAAGGAAGAGGAAAGCCGGAAAAAAAAGCGAGACAAAAUGCCAACCACACCCAAGUCAAGCAGCAAAAAUUCUGAUUCUGGAAAUUCUUCGAGCAAAUCACCAGAUAAACAUAAGGAAGAGGAAAGCCGGGAAACAAAGCGAGACAAAAUGCCGGACACACCCAAAUCAAGCAGCAAAGAAUCUGUGAGGGAGUCUGGACAUUCGUCGAGCAAAUCACCAGAAAAGCAUGAGGAAGAGGAAAGCCGAAAAAGAAAGCGAGACAAAAUGCCGAACAAACCCAAAUCAAGCAGCAAAGAAUCUGUGGCAGCUUCAGCUGGAAAACAUACACUGAGCGCACGCCAAGUAAAAGUAAUGCGCGAGCUUGGUUUAAUGGCUCCGUCUGGGUCUCCAUUUGAUAAAAGGAAACAUGUUGUUGCUCCUCCAAAACUCCCAAUUAUUCCCAAGGACCGUGUUUCUACGCCUAAAAGGCUUCCAUCCAAUCCUAAGGAACGUCUUCCCGCAAUUGAUAGAAUAGUUGUUUGUGGUCUAGCUGCUGCUGGAUUUGUCAAUCGUGUGAUGAAGUAGCUUUUGUUUCUCAACUGUUUGAUCCUCAGUAACUUAGAGUUUGAUGACAACCUAAACUACCAAUAUAGUGCUGAAGCUGUCAGCAGUGUUAUACGAGAGGGGAUGUAGGAUUACAAGCUAGUGGGCGCGGAGUACUGUGCACCCACACUUGUUUUUGUAACAAUGAGAAUAAGUUAUAAACUUAGCUUUUAGUGAUACAGUUUAGAACAUCUCAAUUAUAGGUAUACCUCAAACAAAGAAGCGGGUACAGGUACACCCGCAUCCCUCUACCCCAUGUCUAUGGUGAUGUUGUGAUAUCAACUGUAGAAAUGCACAUUAUGUUCUCUUUUGAUGUCCCCCUGUUUGUUGGACCACCCCUCUAAAGAGCAAAAACAAUUUUUGGUUUGCAUUUUGUUGUCGGAAGGGGUAAAUUCUGAAUGAUAUUUGUGAUUGGGAAGUGAAA